GAUGGCUGAGCUUUGUUUAUUUAUUUUUAUGAAAAUAAUUAUGAUAAAACGCAGUUGUUAACGUGUAAUAGUUUACCAACUUCUUACACAAUAAUGUGAUCGUAAAAGUAUAACCGUGUGUGACAAAUAAAACAUUGCAAAAAUGUCGAACCAAGUUGUCCAGUUUGUAGCUGGACUGAAGUCCAGAAAUGUUGAUAUACAGAUAAAGACUGCCCGUGAACUUUAUCAUUUUGCUAAGACAGAGUUACGGGAAGUUCCACAAGAAGAACUAACACAGUUCCUAGAUGAGUUCAAUCACCAAAUCUUCGAGAUGGUAUCCAGCAACGAUGUUCACGAAAAAAAAGGCGGUGUUUUGGCUAUUGUUUGUCUCAUUGGAGGUGACUGUGAUACAACAAAAACACGAAUCACCAGAUUUGCUAACUACUUGAGAAACCUACUGCCUUCUUCUGAUGUGGGGGUUAUGGAACUUGCAGCCAAGACUGUUGGUCGGCUAGCAACAGUGUCUGGUGUUAAACGUGCAGAGUAUGUGGAGUUUGAGGUAAAAAGAGCCUUUGAGUGGCUCUCGGAAGAGAGAAAUGAGGGAAGACGACACUCUGCUGUCCUUCUGUUGAAAGAACUUGCCAUAGCUAUGCCUACUUAUUUUUAUCAACAAGUAUCAGGAUUCUUUGACCAUAUACUGACUGCUUUAAAGGACCCAAAGCUACAGAUCAGGGAAGCUGCUGCUAAAGCUUUAAGGGCAGGCUUAGUGGUCACUGCUCAAAGAGAAACAGCCAAACAGUCGACUUCACGACCUCAGUGGUAUAUGCAGUGCUAUGAGGAAGCUAUGAUGUGUUUUGAAGAUAUAACUCUUAAAGAAAAAGGUAUCACCAAAGAAGAAAGAGUCCAUGGUGGACUUUUGAUACUCAAUGAACUGUUAAGAUGUGCAAAUGCAUCUUGGGAGAAAAAGUACACUUACCUCAUGAGUAGCCUGGACACACAGAAGGAUAUCACAGUGUCAGAUGAUAUCAUUUUCAUUAGCACCAAACUCCACAGUUUAUCUGUGAAAAGAGGAUAUUUAUGUGAUGGUUUAAAGACUGAAAAUGUUCAGUAUCCAGUUCCUAUUUACGAAUCUGAGGUUUGCCGGAAGCUGCUUUCUGAGAAAUUUGAAAGAAUUUGUCAAGAUGUAAUGGCACAGCGUCAGAUGAAGACUCAAGGAGUACCACAGGUUCUACUUAUCAUAAUUCCAAGACUGGCAGCUUUCUCCAAAGAAUUCUUCUGCAAGAAAUACUUGAGCUCUACCAUGCAUUAUUUACUUGCAUCUUUACGAGGGAGAGAGAAAGAUAAAAAUAUGGCCUUCACAACUCUAGGCCUUUUGGCAGCAGCACUUGAAAAUGAUAUUCAUAUCUAUAUUCCUAGAAUAAUGGAUGUCAUUAAACAAGCUUUGCCUGUUAGAGAUACCCAAAGCAAAAGAAGAAUGUUUAUUGAUCCAUCAAUUUUUGCUUGCAUCACUUUAUUAGGAAGUGCAGUUAAAGAUCUAGUGAUGACUGACAUAAAGGAGCUCUUAGAAGCCAUGUUUACCACUGGCCUAAGUCCUUCAUUGACAAUAUGUUUGAAAGAACUCAGUCAAAAUCUACCAUCCCUUAGGGAAGAAAUUUCAGAGGGCUUGCUGAAUAUGCUUUCUUUGGUUUUGAGGAAUAAACCAUUUUUGCAUCCAGGAGUACCUAGAAGUGUAGAGCAACAGAGCAAUAUGAGCCUGGUUAUAGAACCUCAGGAUACAGCCUGCAUAGUAUUGGCCUUGAGAACCCUUGGUAGCUUUCAGUUUGAAGGUCAGCACAGCCUCCUGACGUUUGUUAGAAGGUGUGCUGAUCAUUUCUUACAAAGUGACCAACAGGAAAUAAGACUAGAAGCUGUCAAAACAUCUGCCAAGCUGCUGGCUGAUGCCACAGAAAGGACUAUGAAAACUCCAUCUAAAACUCUAACCACUCUCACUGCAGAGGUCAUUAGCAAGUUGCUAGUUGUAUCAGUGACAGAUCCAGAUUAUGAAGUGCGUUACUGGGUUUUGGAAUCACUCCAUGAUAUUUUUGACACACAUCUAGCUCAAAUUGAAAAUCUGAGUUUCCUGUUUAUAGCUAUGAAUGAUGAACAUUUAGAAAUCCGAGAAUUAGCUAUUUGCACUAUUGGAAGAUUGAGUACAGUUAAUCCAGCGUACGUCAUGCCUGGACUCAGAAAGACAUUAAUACAGUUUUUGACUGAACUGGAACAUUCUGGAAUGAGCAGAAACAAGGAACAGGCGGCAAGAAUGCUGGAUAACCUCAUUUUGCAUGCACCAAAACUGGUAAAACCCUACAUGGAGACUAUAUUGAAUGUGUUGGUUCCCAAACUAAAGGAGUCUGAUUUGAAUCCAGGGGUAGUGAUCAGUGUGCUAAAAGCAGUGGGAGAUCUGGCUGAUGUGCAUGGUGAUAACAGUGGCCUGAAGAAGUGCCUGCCUGAACUGCUCACCAUACUGCUGGAGCUGCUGACUGAUGCCAGCGCCACAGAAAAGAGAAGUGUAGCACUCUGGACUUUUGGCCAGCUGAUCAGUGCCACUGGGCAUGUUGUCACUCCUUACACUGAAUUUCCUAGCCUAAUGGAUGUCUUGCUGAACUUCCUAAAAACAGAACAACAACCUAAAGAUAGAAGAGAGACGAUACGCGUUCUAGGCCUAUUGGGUGCCCUCGAUCCUUAUAAACAGAAGAUGACGCGAGGCUUGAUUGACGGCCAGCCAGAUUCCAGCUUAGUGCCUGUCGCCGAUAGCAAGGCAGAGGAAAACAAUUUUGAUAUGACAACAAGUGAAAUGUUGGUGAACAUGCCUUCACCCGUUCUCGAUGAGUACUAUCCGGCAAUAGUUAUAUCGACGCUGAUGAGAAUAUUGCGCGACCCGACCCUACAGCAGCACCAUACGAGCGUGGUUCAGGCUGUUACAUUUAUAUUCCAGUCUCUGGGCAUCAAAUGCGUGCCCUAUAUUUCCCGAGUCACUCCCAGUCUACUGUAUGUAGCCAGAGCCACUGAAAACAACAAUUUCCGUGAAUUUCUCUUCACUCAACUGGCUAAGUUGAUCGCUAUUGUAAAGCAGCACAUUCGAAAUUAUUUGGACAAGAUAUUUGAUCUCAUAAAAGAAUUCUGGACACCUAACAGUCCUCUGCAGUCCACAUUGAUCCUGCUGGUGGAGCAUAUCGCUAUAGCUCUAGGCUCAGAGUUCAAAGUGUAUUUGCCCCAGCUGAUGCCGCAGAUUCUUCGCGUCCUCGCUCACGACACGAGCAAGGAAAGGUUUGUGACGGAAAAACUGUUGUACGCUCUUCAAAAGUUCGAAGACAACUUGGAUGACUACAUGCAUCUGAUCAUUCCAUCUAUCGUGAAGUUAUUUGAUGCAACAGACUGUCCUAUAAAUGUCGCCAAAGUGGCCAUGGAGACUAUAGACUAUCUGACGGAUUCCCUGAACUACAAUGAGCUAGUUUCGAGGAUAAUUCACCCUCUGGUCCGAAGUUUGGACACCUGUCCCGCGCUCCGGCCGACCGCUAUGGACACGCUCUGCGCGUUGAUCGUCCAGCUCGGUCGCAAGUUCAACGACUUCAUACCGCUCGUACAGAAAGUGGUUCAGAAGCACCGGAUUCAGCAUCAGAAUUAUGAGUUACUGAUGUCGAAAAUGCAGUCCAGUCAGACAUUUUCGAUGGACGAGUUUCUGCAAAGCACGAGACGAAAGCCAAGAAACAACAAUCAGGAGGCGCGCAUAGUGGUGAGCGACGCGUCGCAGUCGAUCCGCAAGCUGUGCGUGAACGCGCACAGCCUGAAGCUGGCGUGGACGGUCAGCAGCCGCGUGUCCAAGGACGACUGGCUCGAGUGGCUGCGCCGCUUCAGCAUCGGCCUGCUCACCGAGUCGCACAGCCCUGCCCUCCGUGCCUGCCUGGCUCUCGCGCACAACUACUCGCAACUGCUGCGCGACUUAUUCAACGCGGCAUUCGUAUCGUGCUGGACGGAGCUGGACGCGCCCGCGCGCGCCGAACUGGCCGCCGCGCUGCAGCAAGCUUUGACUGCGCCCGAUGCGCCCGAACUGGCUCACACGCUGCUCAACCUGGCCGAGUUCAUGGAGCACUGCGACGCCGGCGCGCUGCCCAUCGCCACGCAGCUUCUGGGCGAGCGCGCCAUGCACUGCCGCGCCUACGCCAAGGCGCUGCACUACAAGGAAGAAGAAUUCCGCAGCGGUGCCACAUCUCAAGUUGUAGAAGCUUUAAUUCACAUAAACAACAAACUACAGCAAAAGGAAGCCGCUGAAGGCUUGCUCGAAAGAGUGAUGGCCCAACGAGAGGCUGGCGACACCAAUCUCAAAGUACAAAUACGAUGGUACGAAAAGCUCCACAACUGGGAGAAAGCGCUCCACCUCUAUGGAGAAAAGUUGGCCGUAGACAACGACAACAUGGACGCGUAUCUCGGCGAGUUACGCUGCUUCGAAGCUUUAGGAGAGUGGGUCAAACUGUACAAUACAGUGUCCAAACGGUGGACUAAUAUGACAGACGAUGACAAGUACAAAGCGGCGAGACUGGCCGCCGCGGCCGCCUGGGGUCUAAAAGAAUGGGACUCCAUGGCAAAGUAUGUGAGCUUCCUACCAGAAAACACUCAAGAUGGGGCAUUCUAUCGCGCUGUCCUCAACAUCCAUAAUGGUCAAUUCGAUUUGUCAAAAUUAUACAUCGAUCAAGCUCGCACGUUAUUAGACUCGGAGCUGACCGCCGUAGCCGGCGAGAGCUACCAGCGAGCGUACGGAGCUCUGGUGAACGCCCAACUGCUGGCCGAGCUAGAAGAAGUGAUCAUGUACAAACAAGUGAGCGAACGGCGAGAAUGCAUCCGCCAAGCUUGGUGGACCAGGCUCCAGGGUGGACAGAAAUUAGUCGAAGAUUGGCGUAAAAUACUGCAGGUUCGCAGUUUGGUUUUGACACCCCACGAGGACAUGGCCACGUGGCUGAAAUUCGCAUCGCUCUGCCGAAAGAGCGGGGCCCCGCGCCAGGCCCACCGGACACUGGUCAUGUUGCUGGGAACGGACCCGAGCAAGGAUCGGGACUUGCCGCUGCCGACUCACGAGCCCAGAUUGACGCUCGCGUACGCCAAACACCUGUGGGUGGCCGUCGACAAGCAGCUGGCGUACGACCAGCUGCAGCGCUACGUCGAGAGCGCGGAGACCGGCGACCCGGAGCAGUGCCGGCUGCUGGCGCGCUGCCACCUGAAGCUGGGCUCCUGGUGCGAGGCGCUGCUCGGGAUCAACGAGCUCUCGAUCCCCGAGAUCCUGCGCAACUACGCGUCGGCGACCGAGCUGGCCGCCGACUGGUACAAGGCGUGGCACGCCUGGGCCUACAUGAACUUCGAGACGGUGCUGUUCUACAAGCACCGGGAGACGAGCGCGCCGCCGGAGUGCGUGGCGCUGCACACGGUGCCGGCCGUGGAGGGCUUCUUCAAGUCGAUAAACCUGUCCCACGGCAGCUCGCUGCAGGACACGCUGCGCCUGCUGACGCUGUGGUUCGACCACGGCCACCAGCCGGCCGUGCACGAGGCGCUGGUCGAGGGCAUCCGCACCAUCGAGAUCGACGUGUGGCUGCAGGUCAUCCCGCAGCUCAUCGCGCGCAUCGACACGCCAAGGGCUCUGGUGGGAAAGCUGAUUCACUCGCUGCUGAUCGACAUCGGCAAGUCGCACCCGCAGGCGCUGGUGUACCCGCUGACGGUGGCGUCCAAGUCGUCGUUCGUGGCGCGCAAGAACGCCGCCAACCAGGUGCUGAAGUCGAUGUGCACCCACUCGAGCAACCUGGUAAACCAGGCCGCGAUGAUCUCCGAGGAGCUGAUCCGCGUGGCCAUCCUGUGGCACGAGCAGUGGCACGAGGCGCUGGAGGAAGCCUCGCGCUUAUACUUCAGCGAGCACGACGUGAAGGCGAUGUUUAAGACUUUGGAACCUCUCCACGCGAUGCUCGAGAGAGGCCCUCAGACCACGAAGGAGGUGUCCUUCACUACGGCGUACGGAAGAGAUUUGGGCGAUGCCCAAGAAUGGUGUAAUCGAUUCAAGGAGUCGGGCUCGGUCCGCGACCUGAACCAGGCGUGGGACCUGUACUACCACGUGUUCCGGCGCAUCAGCCGCCAGCUGCCGCAGCUGACGUCGCUGGAGCUGCAGUACGUGAGCCCGCGCCUGCUGCACUGCCGCGACCUGGAACUCGCGGUGCCCGGCUCCUACGUGCCCGACCAGGACCUCAUCCGCAUCGCGCACAUCCAGAGCAGCCUCCAGGUCAUAACGUCCAAGCAGCGGCCACGCCGACUCUGCGUCCGCGGGUCCAACGGCAAAGACUACAUGUUCCUGCUCAAAGGACACGAGGAUCUUCGGCAAGACGAGCGGGUCAUGCAACUGUUCGGGCUCGUCAACACGCUACUGCAGGCCGACCCGGAUACUUUCCGGAGGGACCUGGCCAUACAGAGAUACGCAGUCAUCCCGCUGUCUACGAACUCCGGUCUGAUUGGCUGGGUGCCGCACUGCGACACUCUGCACUCACUGAUCAGGGAUUAUAGAGAGAAGAGGAAGUGCCUGCUGAAUAUUGAACACAGGAUUAUGCAGCGAAUGGCUUCGGACUUGGAGAGGCUGAUGUUGAUGCAAAAGGUGGAAGUUUUCGAGCACGCGCUCGAGCACACAGCCGGCGACGACCUCGCGAAACUCCUCUGGCUGAAGAGCCCCUCCUCGGAGGUGUGGUUCGAGCGGCGCACCAACUACACGCGCUCGCUAGCAGUCAUGAGCAUGGUCGGCUAUAUCCUCGGCCUGGGCGACCGACACCCCUCCAAUAUUAUGCUGGAUCGGGUCACGGGGAAGUUCCUGCAUAUCGACUUUGGAGACUGCUUCGAAGUGGCAGUGACGAGGGAUAAGUUCCCGGAGAAGAUUCCGUUCAGGUUGACGCGGAUGCUGAUCAAUGCUAUGGAGGUGACCGGCAUCGAGGGCACAUACCGGCGCACGUGCGAGUCCGUUAUGGAAGUGCUGCACCGACACCGCGACAGCGUCAUGGCCGUACUUGAAGCCUUCGUCUACGAUCCUCUACUCAACUGGCGCUUAGUCGACGCUGCGAGACGAUCCCGAGCCGACGACGAUGCGUCGCCCGCGCCCGCGCCCGUCACCCCCGCACCGCCUGAACCCAGCCUCAAUAAACGAGCCCUAGCUAUCGUGAAUCGAGUGAGAGACAAACUAACCGGACGAGACUUCCCGCAUAUCGAUGAGGCGCUCACCGUGCACAAACAAGUCGACCUGCUCAUCCAGCAGGCCACCAGUAACGAGAACCUCUGCCAGUGCUACGUCGGCUGGUGCCCAUUCUGGUAAGAUGGUAACCGCGAGCGAUGGCCGCCUUGCCCGCAGAGCCGUUCUGAUAGCCCGGUAGCCGCGCCACGCGCCUCGAUCCCGUGCCAUGAAAAGACGCUCAAAACGACUCAAACAGCUUGAGACUAGUUGCAUUUUAAUAUUUUGAACGCUCACAGACUGGAAGCUUUUCUUGAGCAUACUUGAGUGUCGUUCCACGGUACGGGCUUUAGACCCGUAUUACAAAAUGUCGAUCGAAACCCGAUUCAAAUCAGAAUCAUUAAUUGAUACUUGAAUUUCAUUAUUUGGACAAAUCACAGACUACUUUGAAUUGAGGUUUGAACGUUGUUUCGUGAUACGGGCCUUAGUGCCUUAACGACACACUUAUGAUCAUCGUUCUAUAGAAACGAAGCAUAAAUGUGUUCAGAAACGAUACGUUUUGCCUACGUACAGUUAAAUUUUGAACUAUAUGUCACUAAAUAUAAUAUUAAUUUCACUGUUUGAAGACAAAUCAAAUAGUUUUUGGAAUAUACAAACGUUGAAAAUCAAUAACAGUGACGUGGAAAUAUAUGAUCUACAAAAAAGGCAAUCAAUCUACCCUGAAUUUAGUAAAAGCAAGAUUCCAAAUACUAGUUCAUUGAAUGGGUUAAUAAACUGGAGUACUAUGGUAAUUGCUAUGACACAUUCUCUAACAAGCAGACGACUCAAUUUGUUUUAUCACUGUUCAUCUACCUAUUCAUCGUAACUGAAUGUGACAUUAUAGGUUACUAGUCGUAAUUUUGCUUGGAUUAUUUUAUUCUUCGACAGGUUGAUUAAAUAAUUCACUGUAAGAAACUUGCAUUCGAGUGCAUGCUUUGAUGGUAUAUGAUAUUCUUAGCAUAAGUGAAUAUGUAUAAAUAUAAUGGUUGUAUGUUUAAACCAUGCCUAUGCCAAGGGUGUAAAGUAUAUGUAGUUAAUUUACUCGAGCUAUUCGAAGAAAAUAUGCACCUAGGGUGGAUAUUUCAUUGUAGCACAGACUUGGCCAACCUAUGUGCUCGUUGAACUGCGUAACUAUUUACAUUGUUAGUCAAAAUUAGAAUAACUUUUAAGUCAUGUUUGUACAAACGCGGAGCACGGCGUUAAACUGGUUCCCAUUCAAACAGGCCUUCAUAAAAGGACUCCGCGAAGCGACCAACAUAUUGUGUCACGUGAGAGUGAAGUAUCAUAUCCUAUGCCAUUUGAAACCAAUUUUCACGCCUUGUUUUGAGCUUGUCGUGAGCUCCUAAGCACCAUAACAAAUAUGCUAGUUUUAGAGCCUCUAACCAUAAAAUAAAAACUUUAAAGUCCAGUUUUUAAUUCACGUCAGAUUUGCUACCUAUUUGGGUAAAUUUGACAUUAACUAAACUUAUUGCUGAGUAAAAAUACAAUAAUAAUUUAAAUCACUCCCAGUAGCCAGUGACUUAGUGGACCUUAGUCGCCAGUGGCGCCAACUGAUAAGUACAAAUACUAUUAUUACUAAUUUUGAUCCAUAUAUUAUUCUAAUACAUAAUGACAUUUUAGUCAGUCGCGCCCUGCGGGACCAUCCCAAAAAAAAGGUGAAAAUGGCAGGCAGUUACUGACUCAUAUUAAAAACUGGACAUACCUACAUCUCCGCAUUUUUGAAGCAUUCGAAUUUCAACAUAAGAUUACUGCAGAUUUGUAUGCGAAUUGGAUUCGAAUACUUGUGAAAUAUGAGACAUUAUAAAGCCCGAGCCUUGUCGUGAGAAGUAAUGGUUGACGCAGUGUACUUCCUUUUAGUUAGAGGCUGACAUGUGCUACGGGUCACCAAUUGAUAUUUUAUGUUUUCUAAAAUAGGCCAAUUUAAAAAAAACGGUAGUUUUCUCUAAAUUGAUUCUUUCUUUAUACCUAUGUAUUUUUUAUUUGUAAUACUUCAUGAUUUCUCCUAUGGUUUUGAAAUGUUCUUAUGUUGUCACUUUCAGCGAGGGCUAUUGUAGAAUAAAAGGAUAUGAUAUGUAUUUGAUUUAAAAUCUAUUGGUGGCAUUAGUUAGCUCAUGUCUUCUUCUUAAUUGAGUAUAAAAUAUAUCGAUAAAUUGUUUGUGCUGCUAUGAUAGUUAUACUAUACCUAUAUGUAUGAUGGUUAAUAAUAUUAGUUAUUAUUUAGUCAUGAUUUAAUGUAAAAAUUGUUACAUAUUACUUUGAGUUAAUGGUCAUUCUAAGUCAUAUUUACAUGCAGCAUGUAUAUCUAAACUGAUAAUUUUAUUGAUAAGUAUGCAUAUUAUAUUGGAAUUAGAUUAUAAUUAUUUUGAUUAGAAUAUAAUUUACACAUUAUUAUUAAACUUAUAAUACUUAAGAGUUUUCAGUGUCAUUUUAAAUCUUAACAUUGGAAUUCUUGGGUCAUAAUUUACGUAUAAUGUAUAUUUCUUUAAUUUACAAAACCUGGGUUUAGUUAAGCUCGAACGCAUUUUUGCUGUUGUCAUUGAUGUUUGUUUAAAAUAAAAUAAAAGAUGAUUCCAAUGAA